AUGGCAGCCACCUGUGAGAUCAGCAACGUUUUUAGUAACUACUUCAACGCCAUGUACAGUUCAGAAGACCCCGCCCUGGCUCCCGCUCCUCCGUCGACUAACUUUGGCGCCGAAGACUUGAUGUUGACGCUGAACAACCCCCAGAUGUCGCUGGGAGGUCCAGAGAAGGCGAGUUGGUCAGGGGAGCAGCCGCAGUUCUGGUCAAAGAGCCAGGUUUUGGACUGGAUCAGCUACCAAGUGGAGAAGAACAAGUACGACGCCAGUUCCAUCGACUUCUCGCGAUGCGACAUGGACGGGGCCACCCUCUGCAGCUGUGCCCUUGAGGAGCUAAGAAUGGUCUUUGGGCCUCUGGGAGACCAACUCUACGCCCAGCUUCGGGACCUCACCUCCUCCAGCUCGUCAGAUGAGCUCAGCUGGAUCAUUGAACUGUUGGAGAAAGAUGGCAUGGCCUUCCAAGAGGGUCUAGGAGACUCGGGCCCCUUUGAUCAGGGAAGCCCUUUCGCCCAGGAGCUGUUGGAUGAUGGCCGCCAGACCAGCCCCUACUACGGCAGUAGCUAUGGCCCUGGAGCGCCCUCCCCUGGUAGCUCUGAUGUCUCUACUGCAGGAACCGCUACUCCCCAGAGCUCCCACUCCUCUGACUCCGGUGGAAGUGACUUGGACCUGGAUCUCACUGAUAGCAAGGUCUUCCCUAGAGAUGGCUUUCCUGACUAUAAGAAGGGGGAACCCAAGCACGGGAAGAGGAAACGGGGGCGCCCCAGAAAGCUGAGCAAAGAGUACUGGGACUGCCUAGAGGGCAAGAAGAGCAAGCAUGCCCCCAGAGGUACUCAUUUGUGGGAGUUCAUCCGAGACAUCCUCAUUCACCCUGAGCUCAACGAAGGCCUCAUGAAAUGGGAGAACCGGCAUGAGGGUGUAUUCAAGUUCCUCCGCUCGGAGGCCGUGGCCCAACUCUGGGGCCAAAAGAAAAAGAACAGCAACAUGACCUACGAGAAGCUGAGCCGGGCCAUGAGGUACUACUACAAACGGGAGAUCCUGGAACGGGUGGACGGCCGGCGACUCGUCUACAAGUUCGGCAAGAACUCCAGCGGCUGGAAGGAGGAAGAGGUCAUAGAGAGUCGGAAUUAAUGGUCAGGACUGGACCCAGGACCUGGCUCAGACACAAACUUGAACUGAAGCCUUUCUGGAAGGACAGGCAGGCCGGAAGGCCCCCUCAAUGUGGAUGUGUUCCCUGUGUUGCUGUGGAGAGGAGGAACUCGGCAAGUGUGUUGUAUCCUGAAGUGCCUGUGGCCUCUCCUCUCCCACCUUUUGGAAUUACAAGCCUCAGGGUUUGAAGUGACCCGAUCGCUGACUCUACAGCCCUCAGCCCGGGACUCCAGCUCCUUCCAGUCCAAGCACUGACUGCAGAAGAGACCCACCUGCAGAUGCCUGGGCUCAACCAAGGAGGCUGGGGAG